CUCUCGUAGAGCGAGUCUGUGUCGUCGCUCCAUACAACUGCCGGGAAUAAAUCGACUUAUAAAAUGAUCAUCUACACGUUAUUGAUAGUGUUAACUGAAAGUGACUAAUGAAGUUCGGGGAAAAAUGAACAACAGUUUUAUUGGUUCAAAUUAUGGAUUUGUACAAUAUUGUGAUUAUGGGAUGUGAUUACUAACAAUUCUGAUGGUGUUGGGCGAUGGAAGCGCGCGGCGAGCGCUGCAGGCGGCGCUUGCUUGCUUGCUGGUCAGCUCGCUCGCUCCCGAGCGACUGGAGCCCUGUGCGGGCAGCCCGCUCUGCUCCUGCCGCGCCGCGCACAUGUCCUGCACUGCUGUACCGUUGCAUCGAUUUCCAGAGUGGCCACGAAUAGAAUUGCAGCAUCUGGAUAUAAGUAUGUCCAAUCUUGAAGUAAUAUCGGAAAGUGCUUUGGACGGGCUCGAACUACAAACUCUAGUUUUAGUUGCAAACAGGUUGCAUUACAUCGAAUCUCAUGCAUUUAGUUCCAUGUCAAACAGUCUUGCGUCGUUAGAUCUCGGUUACAACGAAUUCACACAAGUACCUGAGCAAGGACUGAAAGAUCUUAAAGUACUUAAUUGGUUAAAUUUGCAAAAUAACUACAUUGCAGAGCUCAGUCCUGGCAUCCGUUGGCAUCACUUAGAAAAUACAUUGACGAGUUUAUCUCUAAGUAAUAAUCAGUUAACGGAAUUGAAAUCUCAGGCGCUUACAUCUUUAAACCAUUUACUACAGCUUGAUUUAGAUGGAAAUUAUCUUCGCAGUAUCGACAUUAAUUCCUUACCAACUUCCAUAACAGUCCUAAAAAUCUCAAAUAAUUUCCUACACGAACUAUCCUGUGAUUUACUAUUUAAUCUCCCUAGAUUACAAAUGUUACACAUGAGACAUAAUUGGAUUAGGUUCGACAUGAAUUCUACUAAUACAAAUAACAAAACUAAGAAGUUAGAAAAAUUAGAUUUAAGUAACAAUAGUAUAAACGAUACGACAGAAAUAUUUAUAUUUCGUGAAAUCCAGAUUAGGCAAAUUAUCCUAGAUCUCAAUGAAUUGACGGUAGUUCCCAGAUUGUUAUUUACAAAUAAUCGGAUAGAGAGAUUAUCGAUAUCGUAUAAUAAACUUAGUUCAAUUUAUCGUGAUGUUUUUCUUUCGCUCAAGAACUCUCUCGAACAUUUGGAAGUGGAGCACAACAAAUUGUCUCAUUUGCCGGACAGUUUGGCUCAAGUUGCGCGACUCAGACAUUUAUCUCUAGCUUACAAUCAAUUGGAAGAUUCUCCUUUGCUCCCAAAUCGCAUUCAGACACUCUCGCUAGCUGGAAACUUUUUAACUUCCAUGCCCACUGCACUUCAGACUCUCGAACCGGGUUCCAUUCGCUAUCUUGAUUUGAGUUACAAUAGGAUAUCUAAUUUGGUUCCAAAUGAAUUUAGAGAUUGGUCCUCUUCUCUCGGAACUCUGAAUUUAAAAGGCAACAGGAUUGCACAUAUUUAUAAAGAUGUUUUUCCAGCAAGCAUGCCUGUAAAAGAAAUAAAUUUCAGUUUUAAUGAUUUGUACUACAUACACCCCCAGGCGUUUUCAAAUUUAACUGGGUCCUUACACGUCUUGGAACUAUCUGCUACAAUUUUUAGUGGUUACUUUCCUUUUGAAAUAGACGACCCGUUGGAAAACUUAAGUUGGUUAUCGUUCGACAACAACGAUUUUCAUAUUUUGAAAUUGACUGAAAUGUCAUUAUUUCCAAACUUAAAAUAUUUAAAUUUAGACUAUAAUAGAAUUGUUGAAAUUUUUGUAGAUGAAGACUUUAAUAAUAUUUCUUUAGCGUUAAGCAACGUGCGCAUUUCAUAUAACUUCCUGAGCUUAAUUCCAGCUAAAACCUUUUCACAUUUGCUCGAGUUAAGGAACUUAGAUUUAUCUUAUAACCGUAUCAAUAACUUAACUAAGAACAGCUUUACAAACUUGCCCAACUUGAGAUAUUUAUCUCUUGCGGGUAACGUAAUCGAUUCUAUAGAAACAGAAACAUUUGUCAAUUUACCAAAACUGGAGAUAUUGGAGCUCCAAGGAAAUAAUUUAACAUAUCUAUCACUUUAUUCACUAUGCAAUGUUUCCAGUCCCUACAUAACAUUUACACUUAACGUAAGUAGCAAUAACAUUAAAGCUAUCGAAGGGGACAGCAUAGUUACCAUAAAUAUAUUUGAUGGCUCACAUAACGACUUUCAUGAAGUGCCAAAUAGUUUUUUUCUUGCAGCUGAGUCCGCUAUCAGGCAAAUUAUACUGUCUCAUAAUAAGAUCACUCAUAUAUCUAGUGAGGCUUUUGCGCAGUCUCUAUAUUUAGAAAUAUUAGAUUUACAUAAGAAUAGCAUAAGUGUUAUUAAGAGAAAGUCUUUUACAGAUCUUAUAUCGUUGCAAAUAUUAGACUUAUCAUUUAACUCCAUUUAUCAGAUGUCUGUAGAACAAUUUUAUAAUUUACGCAAGUUAAGAUAUUUAAAAAUGGACCACAAUAAUUUAAGACUUCUUCCCAGAGAUGUAUUUAAAAAUACUGUUAUAGAACAUUUAGAUUUAAGUUUUAAUGAAAUUUCUUUGUUUCCUGUCACAGCGCUCUCACAUAUUGGGUUCACGCUGCGCUAUCUCGAUAUUUCAAAUAACAAAAUAGAGUAUUUGGAUAGUAAUAUAUUUCGCAACACUCAGUUCUUAUUGAAUCUUAAUUUAGGAAGCAAUUUAUUGACAGUCCUGUCCGAUAACACGUUUUCAAGUCUUGGGGGUUUGCGAAGAUUGGAUUUAAGCUUUAACUCUAUUAAGGCAAACUUUAAGGAGCUGUUCCACAACCUCCCUAACUUGAGGCAUUUGAACCUUGCAAAUUUAGGCUUAAAGUCAGUGCCUUAUCUACCUUUAACAAAUUUGACGAGUCUCAAUUUGACUUCAAAUUUCAUUACCAGUUACAAAGAGACUGAUGUAAAGCGAUUAGCGAAUCUGCGCCAUUUAGACUUAAGCCAUAAUCGACUUACCUCUUUAGUGCCAAAGAUGUGGGUUCACCUAAAGAAUUUAAACGUACUAGACCUGUCAUACAACCCUAUCGUAAGAAUCACGCCAAAUAGUUUUAAAACUUUAAAUAAUUUAUCCUAUUUAAAUUUAAACGGUCUAAAAUACUUAGACAUAGUCGAUCAAGACUCUUUCCGUCCCUUAAUAUCCUUGAGAUCCUUGCACGUGCAGACGUGGUCGACGAUAAAUCAUUCCACUUUUCGUCUCGCAAAUAUCACAUCCUGUCUUCCCUCCUUAUACAAAUUGUUGGUACAUUGGUCGGAUGAAAUGAUAGACAAUCAACUGCACGGAAUUGAAGCGAGAAAGAUUAGGUACUUGGAAAUUAGAGGAGCCAAUUUGCGGAGGAUAUCCGACGACGCGUUUGAGCCGUUCGCUAAUAGCCAAGAGAUAUUCAUCAGAAUUAGUGAGACGUCGAUAUCUAAACUACCGGCGGCAUUUAUGAAACAUCUCUCGCAAGUCCCUCAAUUAGGCAUCGACGUCAGCUACAAUCAAAUAUCGAGGCUUGAUCCGGCGAUCUUCUACCCCAAUUUCACAAGCUGGAGUCACGUAGCAACAAAAUUGCUUUCAGGUGGUUUGAUACUGACUGGGAAUCCGCUACGGUGUGAAUGUGAGCUGGCUUGGCUUGGGGCUUGGCUGAGGCGAUGGCUGCAGGAGAAUGAAGCUGGGGGCGAGUUGAGAAGGGCUGUACGAAGCGCUACUUGUAAAGAUUUACAAGGUCGGCGUAUACCACUAUUGCAGCUGAGAGCAGACGAAGCAGAGUGCCAUGCUAGUGCACUGUCGAGUGACGCGCAGCCGAACUAUACGAACAUCAUUUACAUAUUCAUUAUUACCAUCUGGACUAUUCUUCUUAGGUGAUAAAUUGUAAUAGUAAACUAGUGUAAAAUGUAAAUGACUAGCAAUAGUGAUGUGCGUUAAAUUCAAGUGAACAUGAACGGUGCAAUUGAAUUGAAUUAGGAAAUGAAUACGAAAAGAAAUGUAAAAAAUAGCUGUAAUGGAAUUUUGUAGGAUAACUUUUAUACGUUGCGAAUUUUAAAUAUGUAACUGUAUCCUGCGACUCUAUAAAUAAGUAGGUAUAUAGGUACUUAACAUUUUCUAACGAACUGACCAUGUUUUUAAUUUCUACCAGAAACGUAGCUAAUUCUGAGCCUCGAUUGCGAUAAAGUGACAACUACAAUGUCAUGAUCGCAAUUACCUACUUCUGAUUGAUUGACACUCGCUCACUAUAUUGGCUACAGGGCAUUGUUGCAACAAGAAUAGCAUAAUUUCAGCUAAUCACAACAAUGGCGAUUGUAAUAUGUAAAUUGUAAUGCAGAUUUUCCGCAAUCGACCUACACAAACACCAAACUAAAUUAAAUUGCUCUAAUACUAUCUCUUUCAGAAUGCUCCGUACUGAAAAUGAUAGCACUAGAUUGGGAACUGACAGUUUAGUUUAAAGAUUUUGUACAACAGAAUUAGCCACAUUGGUAUGUUUUUCUUUUGUUCCAAACUAAUUUAACUAUGGGAUUAAUUAAUUAUUACAAUAAAUAGUUGCCUGUAGCACUAUUAUUUUGUAAAACCUAGUCAAUUUGUACACUAUGUCAUAUCUGAAUUCGUGUAAAU